AUGGUAGGCCUACAGGAGCUGGAAACCCGAUCCUCACUGCCACGGGGCUGCGCGCUGCGUCCUGCAUCCAGACAUUACGAUAGGAGGGUCCUCCUUGGUGAAGGCCAGCAAGAGCCUAUCUCUCUUUGCCAGAUGAAGCAGCUUCCCUGCCACAGUGUCCCCCUUUGUCGCAUGCAGGCCAGCGGACACCCCAUGCACAACUUCUCCUACCAGCCAUGGCCCAACCACCCGGCUCCGGCCGUGGCCUCCAGCCUGGCGGUGGCCACCCGCCCCAGGGUAAGUGGAGCCGUGGCAGCCAGCUGCAACAACCCAGAGUGUGUGGUCUCCAGACUGGGAGAGGAGGCAGCACUGGCACAACGCGUCUCCACAGGGAAGGUGGUGGUGACAGGAGGAGGGGGAUACUUUGGGUUCAGGCUAGGGAGAGAACUGGCCAGUCAGGGGAUGUCGGUGAUCCUUGUGGACAUUAACAAGCCUCCCUGUGAUAUCCCUGAUGGAGCGAUCUUCUAUCAGAGUGACAUCCGGGACUAUUCUUCCCUCUAUAAGGUGUGUGAAGGGGUCGACUGUAUAUUCCACACAGCGUCUUACGGCAUGUCUGGACCAGAACAGCUGAGGAAAGGGCAGGUGGAGUCCAUCAAUGUUGGAGGGACCAAUAAUAUCAUAAACGUGUGUAAGGAGAGGAGCAUCCCCAGGCUUGUGUACACCAGUACCAUCAAUGUGGUGUUUGCCGGGAAACCAAUUGAGGAGGGUGAUGAGGUCUCAGUGCCGUGUGUGCCCCCCAACUUACACAUCGACCACUACUCCAGAACCAAAGCGAUUGCAGAGCAGAUGGUCCUCUCUGCCAACGGAUGCUCCCUGAAAGGUGGAGGCCUCAGGCUUCGGACCUGCGUCCUGCGGCCCUGUGGCAUCUACGGACCGGAGGAGAAGAGACACCUCCACAGAGUGAUGGUGAAUGUGGAGCGCCGGCUGUUCAGCUUCAGGUUUGGGGACCCCCAGGCCAGGAUGAACUGGGUACAUGUAAAUAACCUGGUUCUGGCCCACACGCUGGCAGCUGAGGCUCUCACACUGCAGAGGAGCUGUGUUGCUAGUGGACAGGCCUAUUUUAUUAAUGAUGGAGUUUCAGUCAAUCUGUUUGAGUGGUUGACACCUUUGUUUGAAAAGCUGGGCUACAGCCAACCGUUGAUAAAGCUGCCUGUUUCACUCGUCUAUUUAGCAGCCAUCCUGGUUGAAUAUGUGCAUGAAGUUCUGAGUCCUGUGAUAGAAGUGCCUCUCCUCUUUACCAGAAGUGAGGUGAGGAGCAUAGCUGUAAGCCACACCUUCAAGAUCGACAAGGCCCGUCAAGAGCUGGGUUACUGCCCAAAGCCCUACAGCCUGACGGACUCCGUGGAGCAGUGCUUGAAGUCCAGACAGCCUAGCUCCAGCUUCGCUCUUUUCAGCCUCUCCUGGACCUCCCGGCAGCCUCAACACCUCCUCCUGCUGCUGCUGAUGGGCCUCAGCCUGCUGCUACUGAUGCUAUCCUGCAUAUUUUGUCAGAACUAAACUAUACUCACUGGAUAAGUACUGGAUGGACAGCUGUGCAAUAAGCUGCUUCAAAUUUCUAUGGAAUGUAAACGUUUGAUGGUGUAUUCUCACCACAUGUGACUUAUUAUCGCACAACAUGUAACUUAUUAAUGAAACCCACCAAAUGCAAUAAAAUAUACCUUAAAAUAAGUCUUCAAAAUGUAAGGCUAUAUUAUAAGUUGUUCUACCUUCUUGACGUUGGUGUAUAUCUGUCUGAUUUCCAAAAGAUGAAAACUGAGUUGUGGGAAUAUUAUUGAUUUCUCUACAGUUUUGAUUUCAU